AUGGAGGACAAAGGACCAAUGAUAAUUGCAGUCUGCUGGACAUUCACAGUCUUGGCACUUAUAUUUGUGGUUGCUCGACUCUUCAUAUGCGCUAUCCUUUCCAACAUCUUCGUCACGAUGUCUGUAUACUGGGGCAAUGGCAAACACUUCGAUGUCUUGAGCCUAGAACAGAAACAAAACACUAUCAAGUGGAUGAUGGCCGCUUAUGUCCCAGGUAUCGAAACGCUCGGCUUCCCUAAACUCGCCGUCAUCGCUCUCCUAGCCCGACUCCUCAUGCCUGGCAGAAUACACCUGGUGGUCUUGUGGAGCAUGGGCAUAAUUUGCUGCCUGUCUCUCACGGCCAUGGUGACUACCUUGCUUUUGCAAUGCAGUCCCCCAAGGGCCCUGUGGACCUUGACAAUGCCAAGAGAUUGUUUAGCGCCAUCUAAACUGGAAGGGCUGGCAUUUUGGGCAAGCUCAAUAUCCGCGUUUCUGGACUUCUACCUCGCUGUGUACCCAGCAAUUACUCUUUGGAAGCUGCUCAUGCCUUUGAAGAAGAAGCUGAUACUCAGCCUUGCACUCGGCAUGGGAGUGGUGUGCGGCGCUAUUGGAAUUGUUAAAGCAACCGGAGUUCCAACGCUGGUCAGUCAAGACGUUAGCUGCCUUAGACAAUUUAUGCGACCCUCUGUAUUGGACAUCCCCAUUCUUGAGAUGUUCAAGGGACGUAACAUCUGGAGCACCAAGAAAGGCUCUGGUAAGCACCAAUACAAAGACUACAGUAAGCAAAGCGGACAGCAGCAACCUGGCAUCGAGCUGAAAGACAAGCCAAGAAAGAAGGUUGAUACUUAUGGUUUUACGAUCCAAGGGAUGGAAGGGAGCGAGGAAAACAUGGUUGAUGCCGACAAGAUAUCCCGCACUACUUCGUCUAGGCCAGAGAGCCCCAAGGAGGGCAUAGUGAGAACUGACCAGGUUAUUGUUGGCUAUGAUGGAGGAGAGGGAGGGCCAACAUCGACGGCUAAGAGAUGGGCUGCUGUAUAA